AGUAUUCACACUGGAGAGAAACCGUAUAUAUGUAAGGAAUGUGGGAAGGCCUUUGCGAAAGCCUCAAAUCUUAGUGGACAUAGAAGAAUUCACACUGGAGAGAAACUUUAUAUAUGUAAGGAAUGUGGAAAGGCCUUUGCUAGAGCUUCAAGACUUACUGAACAUAGGAGAAUACACACUGGAGAGAAACCGUAUAUAUGUAAGGAAUGUGGGAAGUCCUUUGCUGAAGCCUGAAGCCUUCGUGUACAUAGGAGAAUUCACACUGGAGAGAAACCAUAUAUAUGUAAGGAAUGUGGGAAGGCCUUUUCGAAAGCCUCAAGCCUUAAUGUACAUAGGAAAAUUCACACUGGAGAGACACCGUAUAUAUGUAAGGAAUGUGGCAAGGCCUUUGCUGGAGCCUCAAACCUUCGUGUACAUAGGAGAAUUCACACUGGAGAGAAACCGUAUAUAUGUAAGGAAUGUGGGAAGGCCUUUGCUACAGCCUCAAGCCUUAAUGUACAUAGGAGAAUUCACACUGGAGAGAAACCGUAUAUAUGUAAGGAAUGUGGAAAGGCCUUUGCUACAGCCUCAAGCCUUAAUGUACAUAGGAGAAUACGCACUGGAGAGAAACCGUAUAUAUGUAAGGAAUGUGGGAAGUCCUUUGCUGAAGCCUCAAGCCUUCGUGUACAUAGGAGAAUUCACACUGGAGAGAAACCGUAUAUAUGUAAGGAAUGUGGGAAGGCCUUUUCGAAAGCCUCAAGCCUUAAUGUACAUAGGAAAAUUCACACUGGAGAG